AUAGCGAUCGUCGGAACUUUCGCCAAUGUCAUCAACCUCGUGGUGUUCACGAAACAAGGGGUCAAGGACAAUGUCAAUCUCAGCCUCUUUGCUUUGGCAAUCUCAGAUCUGUUAUCCCUGCUGCUGGUGAUUUGCACAUGCGUUUUGGGCCACCCGAUGUUCAUCGGCACGGGCGUGCACUUCGUGGGUAUCGAAGUCGAGUUUCUGACCACGGGCUGGCCACACACGUGUUUCACCAAGGUGACCAGCUGGAUCACGGCGUUCAUCAUGUUCGAGAGAUGCCUGUGCAUAGCCACGCCUCUCAAGGUGAAAACAGUCGUGACGACUGCACGAGUCAAGCUGUGCCUUGUGGCCAUUUUCGUGCUCGUGUUUGCCGGGGUUGUCCCCACCUACGCCACACACAGCCUGGGUUGGAAGUUUUACCCAGCGUACAACAGGACUCUCCUCGGUUUGAUCAGGUCCGAAAACGCCAUACACAUAACGUACAUUUCGAACAUGCUCAACAUCCCUGUGUCGUCACUAAGUUCUUUCGGCGUGGCCUUUGUCUGCACGGUCAUCAUCACCAUCGAACUGAACAAGAAGACGAAAUGGCGGAAAGAAGCUGCUUGUGACAAGGGCGGCAACUUGAAGAAUUUCUCAAGAAACGAUCGCCGUGCUGUCAAAAUGGUGACCAUCGUGGCGGCCAUUUUCCUGAUCAGCGUGACGCCCUCCAUCACCAUCCUCAUCAUAACCGUCUUUGAAAUAGAGUUCAGCUUAACCGGAAAAUACCGGAGCCUCUUCUACGUCUGCUACAGCAUCACUUUUAUAUUCGAGGGCAUUAACUCCAGCGUCAAUAUCUUGGUCUACUACAGCAUGAACAGCCGUUAU